GGCGGGCCGGGUUUCCCGGCGAGCGGCGGACAUGGAGCCGGUGCGGUGUUAACGGCUCCCGGAGCCAUGAGGGCGGAGCCGGUGUAAGGAGGUUUUUGCAACAGUGUGACAUGGAGGGUGCUACUGGCAUUGGAGGGGCUUCAGAUGAUUUUGUAAGUUGCAGGUUAAAGAGGGCUUCACCACUGCUGGAGGAGGAUGAUUACUUUCCAGAGCUGCUAACCCUCCCUCCUCGUGAUCGUCUUGAUUGGGAAGAGACUAUCAGUACUAUGGCAAGGAGCGCUGAUGUUCCUGAUCUCCCUGGAGAACUCCCACUCCGUCCCUGUGGAAGCACUGCCAGCAUGAAAGUGAAACAUGUUAAAAAGUUGGCAUUCACGAAAGGGCACUUUCCCAAGCUUGCCGAAUGUGCCCACUUCCACUAUGAGAACGUUGACUUUGGCAGCAUACAACUGGUGUUGACAGAAGAACAGAGUGAUGUGAGCAAGAAUGGUGCUGAUACCAAAGACCUUGUGUUUCUCGUUCAGGUCUCCUGUCAGGGCAGGAGUUGGAUUGUGAAGCGGAGCUAUGAAGAUUUCCGGGUGCUGGAUAAACAUCUCCAUCUCUGUAUUUAUGACCGCCGAUUUUCCCAGCUGGUGGAGCUGCCCCGUACAGACUGGCUGAAGGACAGUGCAGAGACAGUUACCCAGAUGCUGAUGGCGUAUCUUGCCAGGCUAACUGUCAUAGCUGAUAAUAAGAUCAACUGUGGGCCUGCUCUCACAUGGAUGGAGAUAGAUAACAAAGGGAAUCAUCUACUGGUGCACGAAGAGUCCUCCAUCAAUGUUCCUGCCAUUGCCGCUGCACAUGUGGUUAAGCGAUACAUCGCACAGGCUGCAGAUGAGCUGUCCUUUGAGGUUGGAGAUAUUGUAUCUGUUAUUGACAUGCCUCCCAAAGAAGAUACCACAUGGUGGAGGGGAAAGCAUGGGUUUCAGGUUGGAUUCUUUCCCAGUGAGUGUGUGGAGCUCAUUAAUGACAAAGUUCCUCAUUCUGUGACGAGUGCAAUGCCAAAGCCAGUUUCAAAAAAGCACGGCAAGCUCAUCACCUUCCUCCGCACCUUCAUGAAGUCACGUCCAACCAAGCAAAAGCUGAAGCAGCGAGGAAUCCUGAAGGAGCGUGUGUUUGGCUGUGACCUGGGCGAACACCUGCUCAACUCUGGUCACGAUGUCCCCCAGGUACUCAAAAGCUGCACAGAUUUUAUUGAAAAAUAUGGAGUGGUGGAUGGCAUUUAUCGACUUUCGGGAAUUGCAUCAAAUAUUCAGAAGCUACGGCACGAAUUUGACUCUGAGCAGAUUCCCGAGUUGACGAAGGAUCUCUAUCUCCAGGAUAUCCAUUGUGUUGGGUCCCUGUGCAAGCUCUACUUCAGAGAAUUACCUAACCCACUGCUGACCUACCAAUUAUAUGACAAGUUUUCAGAUUCUGUAUCAGUGGCUUCUGAUGAGGAUCGCUUGGUUAAAAUUCAUGACGUCAUCCAGCAGCUUCCUCCUCCUCAUUACAGGACUCUCGAAUUUCUGAUGAGGCAUUUGGCUCAAUUGGCAACCUACAGUUACAUCACCAACAUGCACACCAAGAACCUAGCUAUCGUCUGGGCUCCAAACCUUCUGAGGUCCCGGCAGAUCGAAUCUGCUUGCUUCAGUGGCACAGCUGCCUUCAUGGAAGUUCGGAUUCAGUCUGUAGUGGUGGAGUUCAUUCUCAAUCAUGUGGACGUCUUAUUCAGCCCCAAGCUUAGCUCUGUAAUCCGGGAGGGAGCAGUUCCUGUAAUUUGCUCUGCAGGACAUGCAUCUUUGUCUCGGCCCAAGUCCUUGCUAGUGUCAUCCCCUUCCACCAAAUUGCUGACCCUGGAAGAGGCCCAGGCUCGAACACAGGUCCAAAUCAGCUCUCCUCUCACUUCAGACAGCAAGUAUAUCGAAGUCGGAGAUGGGCCUGCAGCAUUACAGGGGCGGUUCCACACAGUCAUUGACUUCCCAAUUGACAGAGUGGCCAAAUAUUUAACACAGACUCCUUUACCAUCGUUAUCCAGGAAGAGGACAACCAACAAAUCUAAGAAGUCACCUGUUGGCACUUGGCGCUCUUUCUUCAACCUUGGCAAAUCCUCCUCUGUCGUCAAACGGAAGCUGCACCGUAACCCCAGUGAGCCAACAGAAAUGAAAUCCAUGGUUUUGGCAGCAAAAGGUGAUUCAGGAACACUUCGUUCUGCAAAAAGUGAAGAGUCUCUUUCAUCUCUGCACAAUGUGGAAGGAGAAUCCAAGAUGUACAGACCUAGAAGGCCUCGGUCCAGCAGUGAUGCCCUGUCUGUUUCCUUCAACGUCGGUGGCCUUCCCAGCCUCAACCACUGCAAUUCUUAUGACAACCUUCCCAAUGAUGAGAGCGAAGGAGAGGAUGCCAUUCUCCAAGUGCCUGCACUGGUGUCUUCUAGAAUGGAGGAAGUAGAACUGAGCCCACCAGAUAUGGGGGCAGCAGGGUUGGAUUUUGACCCGAUGUCCUUUCAAUGUAGUCCUCCACGGGCAGAACUAUUAGAGCUAGACAACAGCACAUCUCAGGUGGACUCCUCCCCCACUGGCAAAGACAAGUUGAACGGUAGCGCAAGAGAGUCAGAAUUUGGCAGUAUGUGUCUGACCCCUGGUAGUGCUACUAGUUCCGAACCAGCCUCUCACUCCCCGGAUAAAGUACUGAGCCCAUUCUUCUCACCAGACCUGAGCCCCACUGAUGAGAAACUGACUAAACCAUCCUCUUUCGCAGAAAAGGUUGUUCAUGCCUUCUCCCCAAAAAUUGGACGCAAGUCACCCAAGUCUCCUAUGUUGACUAUUUCUGAACCGAUCACAAUCUCUGUACCAACACGUGUAUCUGAAAUGAUUGGCAACAUGGCUGCUGUUUCACUGGCUUCAUCUCCACCUCCCACCAGCCUUGCAGGCAGUAACAGUGUCAGCAAGUCCCCUCCGCAGAUGAUGUCAAUGCUGCUGAAGACCAGUGAUGUGCAGCUACCUGAGGGAUGCCGUCAGGAGAUCCACAGCAAGCUUUCUGCUGCUGGAGCAGGUUCAGAGGCUAAAGGGCCAAGUCCAGACUGGCAUGAUCUGACCUGUCAACACAAGCCUGCACCUUCUACCCACUUCCAAGCAGGAGCAAAAUGGCAAAGUGCAGACCAGCAUGAACUGACCAAUCAAAACAAAACUAAACCAUUAAAUCAUUCACAAACAGGGACAAAAGGGCAAACUUCGGAUUGGCAUGAAUCCAUCAAUCAAAGCAAGGCUGCAUCAUCAGCCCAUUCACAAAUGGACGCAAAAGGACCAAGUUCAGAAUGGCAUGAACUGACCAAUCAGAACAAGGCCACACCAUCUACCCAGUCACACGUGACUCAAGUGGAAUCCCCUCAGGAAGCUCCAGCGGUUAGCUCUGUGCCUCUAAUUCCACCACCUCCACCCCCAAAGAGUGCUGCCCGUUUGCUGGCGUUGGCUCUGGCGGAGAGUGCCCAGCAGGCUACUGUGCAGUCUCAGAAGAAGCCUCAUGCCGGGGGGCAGGGCUCAGGGGACCAGCACCCGCACACCGCACCUAUGACAGAGCAGUGCUCAGCAGCUGGUUCAGCACUUCCUACAGCCAGCCAUCAGACUACCGUGCAGCCAAGUGUCGAACCGCAGCCAGCUACAGGCCAGGUCCCCCCCAGCACUGCACCAGGACCCACAGCUUCAGGCCAGGUUCGAACAGCAGUGUCUCCAGGAGUUCCUGUGAAGCAGUCUGAGUCACGAGAGCUUGAACAGGUCGGAUCGGCUCUUGGUCCCAGUAGUGGCUGUGUUAAUCGAGCUGCCACAGGCCUGGUCGUUCACUGUGGACAUCAGGGGAAAGCAAGAGACAAUGCCCAAGCACCAGUUACACACCCAAGGGCGGAAUCUGUCCCUGUGGAUCACAGUGUCUACAGUGCCACUCCACCAGUACCACCCCUCCGAUCUGUGGAAAGUAGGGUGCCAGCUAACCAUUCCAUGUCUGAUACCAUUACAGCCUCCAAUUUCCAUUCAUUCCUAGCUUCAACAACCAUACCAUCAUCCAUUGAGGAUGCUUUACCCCAACCUCCUCCUCCCAAGCCACCUUUUCUCUGCCAGUCACACCCUUAUCAUUCCAAAUUGGAAUCCUUGCCGGAUAUGGAUAACCACUUCCACCAGAAGCAUGCUCAUUCCAUGAAGCCUGUCAUGUACCAGUGCCGGGCUGACAGUGUCCCUCAGCACUUAUCCUAUUCAUCCAGAUCAGAGAGCAUUCCACAACAUCUGCACUACGGUUCCCGGCCUGAAAACAUCCCCUCGGCCUCAUCUCGAUUCAACAAUUUUACCAGCCAGCCCAAAGCAGUCUCCAUUCACCUUCCCAAACCUCGGCUAUCAAGGUCAGAUUACGUCCCAGUGGGGAAUCCCGUCAUGCGGCAGUUUGUGUGCCCACAUUCCCAAUUUGAGGAGCCUGUAUACCCAGCGAUAAGGCGGGUGCAUUCGCUGCACGUGCCACCAUCUUCCAUCAGGUCAGUUCCCAUUUCAAGAACUGAGGUGCCUCCAGAUGAUGAGCUGUACUAUUAUCAGAGACCGAUCUAUCAGUACAGGCCCUGCCAGCCACCACCACCUCAGUCAGAUUACCAUGUCACUCAGCUGCAGCCAUACUUUGAAAAUGGUCGAGUUCAGUACAGGUACAGCCCUUAUUCCACUUCUGGACUUAACCUGCAUGGGAGUGACUGUAUGAUUUAUGAUCUUGCUGAUUCCUAUGGUUCAAUAAGGCUAAGGCAAUUCCAUUCUUUCACCAGCCGAGAUAUCCCACCCUACGUUGGUAGAUUCCAGGGUAAAAUCUUCCCAUAUCCCAACGCACCCCACUACCCACGCAGUGCUGCACAUGCCAAUGCGAUGAGUAGAGAGCACAGUUUUGUGAGUCGUGAUGUGCCCCCAUCUCCGGACGUGAAACUAGCGCACAUGGUGUGGGACCCAGAGGAGGCUGAGAAGUCCCGUUUCCAGUCCAUUCGGCGAGAAGUCCGCAGCCGGCAGAAGACCAAGGGGUUGGUGAUGUCGCAAUACGACAACGUGUCCCCAAACUUACAGGAGGAAUUUGGUGGCCUGGAGAUCAUCCAUUCCAGAAGUAAGUCAGAUCCUGGGAAAACUGGCAUGGUGGUGAGUGAGGGAAAAGAGAGACGGCAUCCUGCCACCUCAAAGACUCCAGACAUUGAUCCACAGUAUGUCCGUCAGUCACCAGACUGUGAGCUGGACAGUGGGGCAUAUCUCGAGUCAUCAACUCCUCAUCAACCACCCUUCGGAAAUGGGCAAAUUGAAAAGCCAGCACUUCCUCAGAAACAGAACCCCAACAGGACCAGAAGGCCACACGAAUCUACCUAUGACCAGCCACAGUAUGAUUCCUGUCAAAGGUCCUCUGCAGACUCGAAAGUGGGGCAAAUGUACAGCACACAUUCUGCCGUUUCAGUAGGCUAUGGCUCCAAGCAUCGGCCAGAUCACCCAGAUUCACGAACAUAUCCAUCCGCAAGUGGUAAAUACGUGCUUUCAUCUCACGAGCCUUUACAGACUUAUGAAGAUUCCUUUCGGACAGCAAUUGACAGGCCAGAUUUAGAGAGAGCAAAAGUACGAAGAGUUGGAGGGGACCACCCCACCAGAGACUGUUAUAGCAAGGAGGGCGAGGAGCUUGCCAAACCAUUGAUAUCAAGCCAAGCUGAGAGGAGUUACAGCAUCAAAUUUCAGCAGCAUCCCGAGCCACUGGGAAGGGAACAGUCGCUCUCAUACCCAUACCCCUGCUUAGGCCACCUGAGCAGUAAGCGGCACAGUACACUGACGGUGAUGUCUCAGUAUGAUAACUUGGAUGACUGUCACACUCUGGCUCAGCAGCAGAAACGAGGGCUGGGAGGAAGUGCCCCAUUUGUACCUCCGAGCUACAGUCAGCCCCAGGGCAGGACAUUUAGCACGGCUUUGGGCCAGGGAAGCUUCAUAUCUACAGAGCUGGCAUUGCAGAGGGCUGAGGCAGAAGUACAUGUGGAAUGAGCAGAAAUUUUACUCUGUACAGUCUCUGCUGGGCGGUGGACUGUUUUAUUUUUCAAAAGAUAACCCGAGUACUGUUUUUAAAUGCAAAAUAUGUGGAAUGUUGGGCCUUCUGUGUUGUGUAUUUUGAGCACAUGUAUGAAAUGUGAGAUUGCAUUUUGUGCCCUUGGUGAAUGACUCUCAGCUUAGUGUUUACAAUUGUCAAGACUCUGCACGAGGCUCAACAGUUAAAGGGGAUUAUCUUGCUAAAUUCCUUCUAAUGAGAAAAAUUACUGUUCAGUGGAGCUGCUGAGGAGAAGUUGUUAAUUCUCUGCCUUGACCAAUCCCCACCUCCCACACACUGGCCCUGAUUUUCUGCUGCAGGGCUGGCUGUGUCUCAGUCAGUCCUCAGCUCACACUCACGCACAGACGCACAAACACAUGCACACCUCAGGUUCUCACUUUGCAGCUCUGGCUCUGUUGUGUCUACACCCCAUUACCCCUCAACCACAUGCUCCAGUGGAAUGAAUAAUGAUGUUCUGAUCGAUUUUCUUUCUGUUAGUAAACAGUCUCAGAAAGCUGUCCCUUUCUGUUUUGAAGUUUGGUUUAUUAGAAGCACAGAGCUCACCCUCCACUUGGGGUUCUAACCAGUCACCAGUGGUGAAAAGUAACCACACAAAAUACCAUCUGGCUAAUGCAGAGUGACCACCCCAAUGUCAGCCUUAUCCAGAAGAUAUUUAGGCUUGGGAGUUGGUAAAUUCAGUUGACUUUAGAUAUACCUUUUUUUUACCCACAAUACUUCUAUGUAUGUUUCCAAGGAUCGUAACUAACAGAUCAUGCCACUUGAUUGGAUAUAUCAAGGCUUUAAUCAUUUUCAUGUCCAGUUUAGAGUCCUGUAGCCUUGGGUGUUCUCUCUGUGUCUCUACCUGUAUACGCAGGCUACAGACAGCACUUGGCACAGAUCCUGCAUUAAAGUUUAUGGAUGGCAUUGAGAAAGUGUCGUUGAAAGAGAGUUCUCCAUGGCAGACCUCUGUGUACUGUGAUUAUCCUUCAGAGGCUCUUCCUCCUAGCAGUUUAAGCAGCAGGCCUGGUGUCUUUGUGAGUUGCUGGGCCCAGCAGGAGGAUGUUUACAGACAAGUAUAUUGUUUCAAAUAGUAAUAGAAAGUGGGGGAAAUACUCUGCAGAAGAGUAUUAAACGAGAUCCGAGCUGUGGUUGGGGGAAGUGCGUACGUGGAGCAGUGGACAGGGAAAUAACAUUGCAGAAGGUCUGAGAGAAGGGAGGUGAGAUGUCUAGAGGAACAAUGGUCUAAGGUAACGUGGGGUUGUGUUGGAACAAAACAAUUCAGAAGAGGUUUUAAUGGCCACAGCAGAACUGCAGGAGUGGGAGAAGCAUGGACAGUCUGGAUAAGUGGAGAGCUCUGAUGUGGAUCAGGAAUGUAGAGAAAGAUGUGUAGCUCCUGAGGGUGCAGACCACCUUCUCAGCCACAUAUUGAACAGGGAUAUCCCACCUAAGGCCACACCCACUGUAGCAUCUUCCAUUGACUGCAGUGUUGUCAACAACUCUCGCAUUACUGUUGAUGUAACUGGAGCAUGUGCUGGCCAAUCAAUAAGUAAAAAUAGCCAGGAAGUUGUUAAUAGUGAAAAGGCUAACAGUUUAACUAAAUGUGUAAAUUUAAUGAUGGUGAGAUCCCCAACUAAACCAGGUAAACCUUUUGGAAUGGUUGUCAGAAUGUUCAGUCAGAAAAGAGCAGUGAACAAGGCUACAGUCCUGCAAACACAGGCUGUGUGUUGUAGCGGACAUUGUCUGUUAAUUGGAAUUGGAUCAGUUCAUCCACAACCUCUACUAAAUUAUGCAACAUGCUGUAGGUAAACUGAAGCAAAACCCUCUCUGCAGGUCAGUUCUUAGCUGUGUGUGUUUGUGCGCAAUGGACCUCUGUUCUUUCUAUCAAGUACAAAACUAUUUUGAGUUGUGCAUUGUUUCAGUGAACAGAAUGCAUUGUACAGUGGCAAAACAAAGUGAAAACAAACUAAGAUGUUUGGAGCACACGUGUCAGUCUGUGAGUGUGAGGUGGAUUUUAGACAGUGCAGCCGUCAUGGCAUCAACUCGGCCCGUCAGGUAUACUGUGCAUUUCUAGCACUUUCAAAUUUUAUUUCAGAUUACCAAUCUUCUCAUUAUCUUUGAGCCGCCAGUGAAACCCUCUGUGUAAUUAAGGUUCUUAUACAUGUUGGUUAAUGGACAGGAAUAACGAUUUAUCCUCAGUAAAAAUUACAUGCUGUGACAUCGCCUGUAAACUUAGCUGUGACCCCUCAAUCAGCAAGCUUGUUUAGAUACCUGCAGCGUGCUCCAUGUAACAUAGUGUAAAAUGGGCUCUGACCUCCUUCAGGUUAUCAUUAAUGCAUUGUCAAUCUUAGUAUAUGGAGGGGUCAGUGUUGCUGCAGCGCCAGUUAGAGCUAGCUAUCGUGUCAAACUGUGGUAAGAGCAUGAAGUGUAUGUUUCACCCAGUGCCUGAAAAAACAAGUCAAGAUCGUUUGUACUUGUGCUAAUGAGACAUCAUGUUUGAGAAACACAUUAGUGGUUUUCUUUAAGAGAAAUAUAAUAGCCCAAGUUUGCAGCACACCUGAAUUCCUGAUGAUUCCAAUACUGGGGAACCUGUCUCCCAGGUAUCAAUUGCUACCUGUAAUUGAUCUCUAUUUUCUGUGUCUUUUUGAGUUUGUCUUGGUGUAAAGAGUGAUAAGCAAACCUGGUGUAAUUAAGUGUAAAUACUGGAUUCUGUUUGUGAUUCCUGUACAUACUGAACACUUCCCUGCUGCUGGCUGCUGCCAAUUGUGUAUUGGAACCAGAGGUGAUUUUUUUCUGUUCUUUUGUACUGAAUACUGAUGAAGCCAGACUUGCACAAUUCAGCAGUAUUGCAUUGUUCCAUCACACAGGAUCUCAGCUGCAUUACAUAAA